ACAGUUGCUGAAAUAUUUCUGGUUAUAGUUCACAUGUACAUUUCUUAUCUAAGACUACAACUCGAUCGUUAUACGGGGUCGUUAGGAGUGCAUUCUCUAUUGACUGGUAUUGUUGGAAUCGGAGUAACAUAAUUACCUUCGGAACUUUCCUCUUUUGGGUAAACCUUGUACUGAUAACGUUGAAGCACCUUUUUGGUCAGUUCGGUGGAAGAACUCUCCACACAAUGCUCAACAGUUUUAUCUGCCCCCAUUUAGAGUACGGAAACAGUAUUUCCUCCCCCACACCAAAAGGAUAAGGACACUUUGGGAUCUAUCCAAAAGUGGGCUACGUAAUCAGUUCGGGCACUCAAAUUCAAGGCUUAUGAAGAGCGCACUAAACCAUAACCCGUUAGAGUACAAGCGUCUUAGAGGUGACCUACAGCACCAACACUUUUUGACAUCCCCUUAAACACCUACCUAGGUUUGUCUCCAACACAAACCUAACGGGUAAUACCCAGAAACUAGAAGUACAACUUGGCCGAUCGGACUGAAGACAACUUUGAUUCCUCAGUCAAAUGCUGGAAUUUACUACCGGUUGAGCUAAUUCAAGCGGUUUCACAGUAGUUCUUUAAGAGAAAACGACAUUCUUAAGGACUAAGUAUAGUAUUUUACUAUGAUUUACCAAUUUCGUUUUCCUCUUGUAAUUAUCCUUAGGUUCCUGCCUGGAGGUUUAUAUAGUUCUGGUUUAAAGAGGACCCAAUCUAUGGCUGGGGGCAUGCUUCUUACCUAUGUAUAUCUACAUGCUUUGAUGUGCCGAAGGAUUCCAAAUGCUUGUUCGCAGCUUUGA